ACGCCUCCUCUGGUGCAUGUUGUCGUUUCUCGUGUCUUGACCUCUGCGCCUCUUUGCCUGUCUGUGUUUGGGGAUUGCAGAAACUGCGAAUAAAGCGCUUCCUUGGAUCGUCUUGAGUCUCAACAUUUCAUCUCCUACGAUCUCGUAUUAAAGGAAGCCAUGUUUCGACGGAGAGUGCCCUUCUCUCAGAUCACCGUGGCCAUACUGCUUGGAGUCGGAAGUGGUGUUUAUAUUUACAGACCUUAUUUUGAACCGGUGCUGAAGCCCUCAGGUGAACAAAACCAGGAUGUGGCAAAGAAACCAAAUGAAACGGACUGAAAUGAUUCAUCAAUCACAGGAAAUAAGUGACAUACAGAAGCCAGAAGAAUACAUCAGAGGCUGCUAGACUAUCAGAACCGAACCGUACCAAAGGAAAGGCCAGCAUGGAUACGUGCAUGGUUGUUUGGGGUUCUUUGUAUGAUUUCUAAUGUCCAAAAUAAAGUAUUUAAUUUGA